ACAGCAAUGGCGUCCGCGGUGUCUGAGCGGCUUUUCUCGCUGGAGCUACUCGUAGACUGGGUAUACCUUGAAGCCCGGCUGCCGCAGCCACCCUUGGUUGCGGAAGAGGAGCAAAAGGAGGAGGGAGAGACAGCAUCGCCGCCGCUGCCCUCGCGCAGCCUGUGCCCCGCGGUGGCCUUCCGUCUGCUGGACUUCCCCACGCUGCUGGUUUACCCUCCCGCCGGGCCCGCCGCCCCCUCCCAGGAAUCUCGGCCUGGCCUGGUCAGCUUCCGUCGCGGCAAGUCCUGUCUCUUCCGCCUGCAGCCCGCCACCCUGCACCAACUGCUCCUUCGGACCCCGCUUUACACCUUGCUGCUGCAGCUGCCCCCCGGGCACCCAACCCCUGCCCCGCAGCUCCUGGGGUCCUGCAGCAUCUCUCUGGCCGCGGCGGUCCCCAAGAUCUUAGGGUCCGCCGCCCCCGGCAGCUCCCAGAGUCAUCGGGGAAGUUUCCCGCUGUGUAACCCAGACGGGGAGCGGAUUGGGGACAUUGCCCUGGGUUACCGCCUGACUGAUCUGGGGAGCAGCUUGUUGGGCCAUCUGGAGCGGCCAGUCGCUUCCACAGGAGGUGGAGUGGAGGGUAUGGAGGUGCAGAAGUCAGUGGAGGUCAGCCCCCAAACCUGGCAGGAAAACCAGCAGCUGCAGCAGCCAGGCUCAGAGCCAAGCCCAGGAGAUGCUGAUAAGCCUCUGGUGGAUGUAAAAAUCUCAAGGGCAGGGAAGGGUUUGAAGGGAAGAGCUUUCCAUAGCAAGGCUGACUCUGAUUACACGGAUUCUAUGGAAAAUGGCAAAACCAACUCUGUUAUGUGUUCAGAGGGUAGCAGUGAAAGGAGUAGCCGCCCAAAUCAGGAAGACACAGAGGUGGAACUUGAAACUAACAUAAUUUGCCCUCCUCCUCUGUAUUACACUCAUUUGACUCAAGAAAAGACACCCCCUAAACUGGGUAAAAUUACCAUUGAGCCUCAAAUUAAUGCACCUGAGGAAUGGGAUGAUGGUACUUUCCUGAAAGAAAACCUUGUAAAUCCCCCAACACAUACUAAUCCUCCAGAACAUACAAAUUCUGCAACAGGUGAGAGUGGUCCAGUGCUUGUAAAUCCUGCACGCGUUCAGGAUACAGGAGCAAGUAGUCAAACUACAGAUCAUCCUCCAACUGAGCAAAAUAGAAUUAAUACUAUAAGGCAGCUGCCUUUGUUAAAUGCUUUGUUGGUUGAGUUGUCCUUGUUAUACAACCAACCCAUGGCAAGCCCUACUCAUAUACAUCCUCACUUAGCCUGGUUAUAUAGAACUGAGGAUAAGAAGUCACCAGAAUCUUCAGUGAAAUCCACCUGUAAAUCCGAAUCUAAGAAGGAUAAGCUUUCUGUGGGGGGAAAUGAGAAGUCGGUGAGUCUUCAGUAUAAAAAGAACCAAACUGAAAACCUUAGGAAAGGUAAAUAUUUUGAAAAGAAAGGUGGUGCCCCCCCAAAAAGAGUUUCAAGGGGAAGACUACUUUAUGGCUUAACAAACACACUUAAACUACGUUUAAAACAAAAAAAUCCUAAUAUGUUGGUAGAACAUGAAAAGAGAGAAGAGUAUAGAAAAAUGCAAACACAGAUGUUAGGUGCAAAACUCAGAAUUCCAUCAUCCAAAGUUAAGAUACUAAGUUUUGCUGAACUGUAUCAGAAGCCACAUGAACUGCCUAAAGAUAAGUGUUUAGAAUCAGAUGCAUCUUGCGCUGAAAAUAGCAAUACCUCAAAGCAAAUUAGUGUAGUUGAUGAUGACCCUACCACAACCAAAGAAACUAAACUGAAAUGUGAAACUGAAAAGACAGCUGAUUGUGAUGAAAAUAGAAGCAAUAAUGGUUUUUUGGGAGAAAUUGUGAGUCCUGCAAAUUCUGUCAUCUCAGAAAGGUUUAUUCGUACAGAUAUUUUGGAAGGAAAUGUGGAAGUGAAAGUCCAAAGUCCAGGUGUUUUCCAGCAGGUUGCAGUAGUUGACAGAAUUGUAAUAGAUAAAGAAAUAGAUGACAAGCAAGUCAAAAUCACUAGUGAUGACAUUCUAACUGCUGGUAUCAAUGAAAACAAUCCAGCUACAAGUAGUUGCUCUGACAGCAUCUCAGACCUAAAGUAUUCAGAUGACUUCACCAGCCCUUGCAGUUCUGAAGACACCAGCAGAAUUUUACGAGCUCGUGAUAGCAGUCUAGGGACAGAAAAUCCAAAACACAGUCAACAUACAAGCAAGUCCAGUGAAACAAAAUUGUCCAUAAGGAAAAACAGCAGUGAAAAGAGUUCUGUUCUUAGCCCACCUUUUUCAGCUGGAUCUCCAGUACUCUCAUAUAAAAGAUUUCCUGUUUCAAAGACUCAAGGUAAAAGUUUGGAGGAAGCAUCUUCCAGUGAUUUCUCUUCAUCACACUGGACUGAGGAAAAAGAAAACCAGAGAGACCAAAACAGUACGCAUAAUUUUAAAGUUCUAAAGCAGGAUUGUGACAUCUCUGCUAAACCUAAAACAAGAACAGUUUGCAAGUCCUCAGAAAAAAGCCAGUCACCUCGGACAUCUCAAAAUAUAAGUGUUUCGUCAUUCCUUUGGGGUUUAGGAUUCUGCCACUAAAUCUGACAAAACUAAUCAUGAGAUGAUCUUAUAACGUAGGUCCACUUGGGUUAAGAAUGAGAUGACCACAGACGAGGGAGACGCCCUGCGCAUCCUUGAUGUCGCUCUUGUUCUUCAAAUUUACUCUCAGAUUGGUUAUGCAAGCCGACGUCCCAGAAUUCCUGGCGCACUUGUGUAGCGGAUGUUUUCCUGGCUGACAACUAUUCCAACAUAUGGCACCUCCUAAGAAACACCAGAAGACCGAAAUAGUCUGAUCUCCAGGCUUCGACUGCAGUUCUUGAAAUAGCUUGGUUAUAAAACUCACAACAAAUAACACUUCCUUUGACACUUAGAAUGUGAGGAAGAGCUAGACUGUGGUGUGUAUUUAGACCACUUUGUACCUGAAUUUAAAUUUUUAACGUUCUCUUUAGAGGCAUGCAGUUUCACCGUGUGCAUGUUAAAGAACAGCAAUGCACAUGAAUGUGUUUGGUCUCCAGUCUGUGGACUCAUGCACUUGUUUUUAUUGUGUAGCAUUUUAAAGAUUGAGAGUAAUUAUGACAACAGUCCUGUGUGAACAUCACCCGGGUUUACCUCCAUGCUGGCGUUAUGCCAUGCUCUCUCUCUCUCUCUGUCUCUCAUAAACGAACGCCAGCUCCCUCUGAAAGCCCCUUGUGGGCCCUCUCCCAUUUCUUUGCCCUCCCUUCUGAAGAGUAACCGUUACUCUAGGUUACUGUAGACUCUUCCCAUUCCCAUGGGGGAGGGCAUGUAGAUUGUUUCCAGAUUUUUUUUUUUGUUGUUACCAAUAAUGCUGUAAUUAACAUCCUUAUCCCUAUGUGCCCAUCUGCUCAAAUUUCCUUAGGAUUUUGUACCUGGAAUUGGAAUUGCCAGGUGCUAUGAUAUAUGCAUCUUCAACACGGCCAAAUCACUCUCCAAAGUAGUUGAACAAAUUUACUGUGCUGUCAGCAGCGUAUGAGAGCGCCUCUUUCUUCAUAUUCUAUCACAAAAUUCAGUGAAGACCCAACGUUUUAGUUUAGCUGCUCUGUCUAACUAUUGUAGCUUUACAGUAAGUACUGAUCUCUAGAAAGGCAAGCCCACGCCCUUCUGUUUUUGAGUUGUCUAAGCCAGCAGUUCUCAGACUUUUUGAGCCCUUUACACUCUUA